CUCACAUCCCGCAUCACCACUACAGCAAAAAUGGGUUUCUUCAGCCACGACGACUACCAGGAGCGCCAGCAGUACGAGCAGGUCUACGGCCAGGAGCAGCACCAGUCCUCGUUCACGCACGAGGCCAUCGCCGGUGCCGCCUCGUUCGCCGCCAUGCGCGCGUACGAGAAGCACGAGGCUGCCAACGGCACCCCCGGCUCGUGGGCCCUCGGCAAGGAGCUCAUCGCUGGCUUUGCCGGCGCCGAGGUCGACAAGCUCAUCGAGACCAAGGGCCUCGACGCCAUCGACCGCGAGCGUGCGCGCCACCAGGCCCAGGAGCAGGCCACGUACGCCCUCGCCCAGUCGCAGCAGUACGGCCAGCAGCAGUACCAGCAGCAGCCUUACGGCGGCAACCAGGGUGGCUACGGCGGCAACCAGGGUUAUGGUGGCAACCAGGGCGGCUACGGCGGCCAGGGUGGCUACGACGAGCGCCGCGAGGAGCGUCGUGAGGAGCGCCGCGAGGAGAGGGAGGAGCGCCGUGAGGAGCGCCGCGAGGAGGGCCGCUGGUAAUCGACAGACAGCAGCAGCACAUUGACGACGACAAACAGGAUAUGAUUGGCAUGUAGGCAUAGUAAUGGCACUGAAGUGGAGCCCGAG